CUGGCGCUGCAGGGCGACGUCCGUGAACAUCUCCAUGCCCUUGCCGCCAUAGAUGAGCCCGCCAGGCCGGUGCGCACCGCGACGCAGCUCGAAGCGGUCGACGCGCUGAUCAUUCCCGGUGGCGAGAGCACCACGAUCAUCAACCUGCUGCAUGCCUUCGAGCUGACGGAUCGGCUGACGGAACGCCUGGCCGGCGGCAUGCCCGUGUGGGGAACCUGCGCCGGCAUGAUCGUGCUGGCUCAGGAGGUGCUCGAUCCGCGCCCGGAACCGUUGCGGCUGCUCGACAUCUCCGUGCGGCGCAACGCGUACGGCCGUCAGGUCGCGAGCUUCGAGGCACAUCUGGAUGUCGAGGAGCUGGGCGCUCCGCCGUUCUGCGGUGUCUUCAUCCGGGCUCCGGCGGUGGAGCGGGUGGGCCUCGGGGUACAGGUGUUGGCUGCCUUGCCCGACGGGCGGCCUGUGGCCGUGCGCCGGGGCAGCAUGCUGGCGACCUCGUUCCAUCCCGAGCUCACCGGCGAUCAUCGCUUUCAUCGCUACUUCUGCGCAUUCCGCCGGGACUGCGAACGUCCGGCGAGCCGGGCGGCGCAGGGAGGCCGUGCGCCGCAGACGCCGUCCCGGAAUCCGGGGACGGCCGGCCGAGAGCCGGCUACGCUGAGGGGCCUGCAUGGUCGACGCGGACUCGUCGGCGUCCGAGCGGGAGCGGGUUCGGCGGAUCCGCGACAACUACGACGCGGCACGGGAGCGUGCGGUACGGGCCGCCGCCCGCGCCGGGCGGCGGCCCGACUCCGUGCGGAUGAUGGCGGUGACCAAGAACUUUCCGCGUGA